AUGUACUUUNCUACCCUUAUAUACAUGAACCUUGUGCCGGGCGGAACGGAAAGGGGUAAAAUGAUUGGCCAUGCUCCAUUCUACAACUGCGGGCCGAUGCGGAUGGAUGCGGAUUCCCCAAUUUGGGGUACGGGGCUCACCACUUACAUUGUGGUAGAUGUCGACAUAAUAGAGAAGACAGAUUGGAGCUCCAAUUUGGAGAGGUUCUCGCUCCGGAUCACUGGAUUGGGCUGGCCCAGAUGGCCCUCGGCAACGGUCCGUGUAAGCUCUUUCAGGUUAUAG